CCCAACCCCACCCCAGUCUUGUUGUCAAAAUAAUCUAUCGGUUUCUAAAGUCGUUUUCUCUUUGUUGCUUCUGCUUCUGCUUCAUUCAUUAUCUCCAUAACAUCCUCCUCUAAAAAGUUUAAGUCCUUUUUUUAGGGCUUCCCCAAUUAUUGACUUCAUUUAUUUGUUCAUAUACCUAAUUCCUAGCUUCCUCCACAGACAAACCACAGACUGAUCAUUUCGAGCUUUGAAGCACAACAAAAAGUACCUCUCUCUCUCUCUCUCUCUCUCUUUAUUCCAAUUCUUUGAAUACUGAAACUCAUAAGCAACAUAUUAUUCCAUUUCAACAAGAUCAAUGGAGGAGCAACAGAAGGAGCUGCACUUUCUACCUAAUCAUCCAAAUGCCGUAGCUUCCUCUUCCUGGCCGUCAGAUUCUUCAGCAAACUAUAAUAUCCGAUCAUCAGAAUCAACAGAAGCUCCAUCUUUGGACCUUCAACUUUCAAUUAGCGUAAGACCUAUAAAACCACCAACAUCAGAUCAAGGUGUCCUAGUAAAUCAUCAGGAUCACUACACCGACGUCCGGUUCGACUCCGGCUACGUUGAGGCACUGAAAUGGCAAGCUGCUGAGCAAAUCCGGUUGGCUGCAAUAGAGAAAGCUUAUGCGGAGCGUGUGAGAGAGCUUACUAGGCGAGAGAUAGAAAUGGCUCAGUCAGAAUUCGCACGUGCCAGGAGUAUGUGGGAGAGAGCUAAAGAGGAAGUUGAAAGGGCAGAAAAGUUGAAAGAGAGAGCAACUCGUAGGAUUGAUCCUACUAAUUGCAUGGAAGUUACUUGCCAAUCUUGCAGUUUAAAAUUCCGACCUCAUUAAUUAAUCUAUUGAGAGAAAUAAAUUAAGAUGUUAAUUAAUGAACGUGCUUUCUAAUAAGAGUAACUAAUAUACUUUGAGUUUGAAGGUUUUUGGCUGAGAAAAGAUAAAAGAGCUGAGGGUAAAUGAUGAUGUGUAGAAUGCAUUCUUUUCUUGUGAUUGGAACUGCAAAACUUAAGUGGAAUAAUUGUAUGAUUCUUUUGGUUUCUGUUCUUUUCCUUGAACAAUUGAUUUAUAAAUUAUGUAGUAUCCUUGGCUCUGGCA